CUUGUUUGGGUCGCUUGUGAUGUGAACUGUGAACGUGUGGAUGUGAAUAACAUGCGGCCGGUUUCAGUCCGAUAGUUAACAGCAUGUUUUCUGCUGCUUGUGUUCAGUAACACUGACAGGCAGCCGCUCCGGGUCCGGGUCUACACCUGCUCCGCUGUUUUUAUUGAUAUAUUGAUUAAAAAUUUGGAAGAAGACAAACAAGCAGCGACAGAAGAAGAGUGUGAAAAUGUCCCGACACAGUAAGAAGGACGGAAUACCGGACAGAUGGUUGGAUUACAAAGCUGUUGGGAAAAGACUCAACGGGACUCGUUUCAUCGCCUUCAAAGUGCCGCUGAAACACUCUCUGAACCGUCAGCUUCCGUGUUCUGAUGUGUUCGGUCCCUGGGAGCUGCUGGACACUUUGAAAGAAGAAAAUCAAGAACUGGGUUUGAUCAUCGACCUGACCUUCACCAAACGCUACUACCAGCCACAGGACGUACCGGACUCUCUGAUGUGUGUGAAGAUCUUCACAGCCGGUCACGAGAUUCCCAGCGACGGCACGAUCCUGAGCUUCAAACGAGCCGUACGCAGGUUUCUACAGGACAACGCUGACAACGACAAGCUGAUCGGAGUCCACUGCACACACGGUCUGAAUCGCACCGGUUACCUGAUCUGCAGGUAUCUGAUCGAUGUCGAUGGGAUGGAUCCUAAAGAGGCCAUAGAGUUGUUUAACUCGUCGCGGGGUCACGACAUAGAGCGACAGAACUACCUGGAAGAUCUACAGUACGGAGCGAAGAGGAGUAACGACGGGAUGGAGGAGAGCGAGCAGGAGCCGAAGAGAGGUCAGGCUGUGAAUCGACCGCUUUACACUCCGCUAGAGUCCGACAGCAGAGAGGAGAGACGACACUUUAAUGACUCCUGGCAGCACAGGUCUUUCUCUCCCAGAGGAACGAACCAUCGCUCAUAUCACCGCCCUGCGCAGGACGGCCUCCUCCCCUGCCCGCCGUUACUCCCUCGCCCUUCCUUUCAUCCUCCAGCAGGAGCCUCUUUCCACCCGUAUCGAUGGACUCCUCCUCCUCCUCCUUCUCCCCCUGACAGCCAGUGGAGGAGACCCUCCCGCUCAGAGGAGACCAGGUCCAGGUAUCUUCCACCGGAGCCGCAGUGGAGUCGGCCCUCUCACCUGCAGGAGGACAGAAGAAGAAGUUAUCACCAUUAUCCUUAUCCUCCUCCUCCCCCUACUCCUCCUUCUCACCUCCCCCACUCCUCCGCCCGCUGGACCAACGAGUCGAAUGGCUACAGUAGACGUGAGGAGGAGUGGGCCGGUCCCAAGAUGAGACAUCAGCACAGAUACUCACACAGACCGCGAGUGAACCCGUACGACGACUACCAGUCUGAUAGAAACUGGAACUGAAGCUGAAACACGCCGCGGUCAUCACAGCACACAGUAGACAGCAGGCGGCUUCAUGGGUUUCAUUAGGUUUUACACUGCUUCUCUGGUUCAUUUAUGUGUGUUAAAGGGACAGUUCACCAAAACUACAAAACAUAUUCACACUGAAAGGUGUUGCUCACUGAUUGUUCCUGGGGCUCUACUGGAAGGUCUUUGUAUAAUUUCCAGUUUUAAAACUACUUAUUUAUCUUCUGCUGGUGCUUUAUGAAGCCCCUCAGUUCAUUGAGAGCAGGUUGAAGCCCUGACUGUUGACUUGCAGGCAGCAUUUCUUCAUACAAGUUUUGGAACUUUGACCAUGUUUAAACAUCCGACAUCAGAACAGGAAAUAAAUAACAGAAGAUCAGAAUAUGUCCCCUUUUAAAUCAAUAUCAGUGUAAGUGAUGUAGAAUAAACUCAAAACGACUUUUAUAGUUCAGCUGAAGAUAAAAUGAAGCUUCAACAGUCUGAAUUAAGGCAACUAAUGAUUAUUUUUAUUAGUUUUGUCGAUUCAUCAAUGAAUCUUUUAUUAAACAGCUCAUCACAGUUUCCUAAAGCAAACAUGUGAUGACGUCACAGAUUUUUAAAUCUCUUUUCUCGGCUCGAGGAAAGUUUUACAAAUAUAAAAACCCUCCAUGGGUCCAGGUAUCAUCAGAUGAUUCGUAAUUCAUUUGUGAUUUAAAACCCAAAAACCGGUAA